AUGGUAAAUGCAACUCCCCCUUUAUGCACUUUGAUCUACCACCUGAAAAUCAAACUGUAUCUUCUUUGGACCAAAAGCCACAUCUCUGAUUUUGUAAGGGAGAAAGUUUUGGGACAAGUAGGUUCUGAAUCAGUUCAUGGAGUAGAAUGGAAGUUUUUGAAGUUUGUGGAAGAACCUAAUUUUGGACCAGGAUUCCCAAUUGAGACUGUGUAUGUUACUGGAGACCUUAUUCUUGAGCCUUUAAAAGACCAUUGUCAAUGGAGUUCCAAUGAAAUUUGCUCCAAUUUGCUUCUUCAAGUAAAGCCAGGUGGCAAUCGAAUUGGGCCAUUAGCAGUCAACACUCUACUUACAGAGUCAACACAAUCUCAUUCCUUAAAAUUGCCUCCAACAUUGUCAUGUCAGGAAUACCCUCCUGGAGUAAACAUUAUACCUAUGAGAAGCAAAACAGCACAACCUUUUCAUACAACAAAUUUGAUUGUAUUUACAAAUGGGAAUAAUCAAGUUAAACAUGAAAGUAGUCCCUUUAUUGCUCAUGGAGAGGCAAUGAUUAUAGAUCCUGGAUGUCGAUCAGAGUUCAAUAAAGAGCUUGCAGAAAUUGUUACUGCUUUACCACGAAAGUUAAUUGUAUUUGUCACUCAUCAUCAUCGUGAUCAUGUUGAUGGGCUUUCCACUGUUCAAAAAACCAAUCCUGAUGCUCAUCUUUUGGCUCAUGAAAACACCAUAAGCCGCAUUAGAAAAGACGAUUGGACUCUUGGUUGUACAACAGUUUCUGGAACAGAAGAGAUCUGCAUUGGUGGAGAGAGAUUCAAAAUCAUAUUUUCUCCAGGGCAUACAGAUGGACAUCUAGCAUUGUUGCAUGUUAGCACUAAUUCAUUGAUUGCUGGUGAUCAUUGUGUGGGACAAGGAAGUGCUUUCUUGGAUAUAAAUUCUGGUGGUAAUAUGAAUGAUUACUUCCAAACAACUUACAAAUUUAUGGACCUCUCACCAAAUGCUUUGAUCUCAAUGCAUGGAAGGGUUAAUUUAUGGCCAAAACACAUGCUUUGUGGUUAUCUUAAGAAUCGUAGAAGUAGAGAAUCUACAAUAUUGAAAGCUAUAGAAUCAGGGUCAAAAACUUUGUUUGAUAUAGUUGCAUAUACAUAUGCUGACGUGGACAGAAAUCUUUGGGUGAUUGCUGCAUCUAAUGUGAGGCUUCAUGUUGAGCAUCUUGCUCAUCAAAACAAAUUGCCUAAGGAAUUCUCUUUAGAAAAUUACAGGCGCAGUUGUUCUCAAUUUACUAUCCACGUGGGUAAAUUAUAAACCAAGGCCACGUCAUCUGCUGACUCCCCUUCUUUUACCUUAGGAGUUUUGUGUAAAGAAGUUUGAGUCAACAUGUAGAGUUCAUUUCUUGUUACGGUGGGUGUGGACAUAUGUACAAAACCGCAUUAUUAAUUAUCCAACUUUGAUGCUGCUUGGUGGUCUAACAGCUUCUGGUGUUGCUUUCUUGUAUUGUGUACGCAAUAAUCUCAAUUCUAGAUGAAGGUUCUAGAAUUUAGAAAUGAUAUGAUGUAUUAAAUUUAAACUUAUUUAAAUACAUGUUGAGAAUGGUUUGGAAAAAUUAUAUUUUAGAUCACAAUGCUUGGGAUGUGCACAUUUGAUCCGAUAAUGUACAUACGUCACCCCCAACCCAAAUGUAUUAAAAAAAUUCGUUUGGUGGCAUAUAUGAGAAUAUUCAAGCAUGUUACGUUAAUUCUUAUAAAAUUAUGGUUUUAUAAUAAGAUCAGAUUAUCCAUGAUCAUAAACAGAUGAAUUAGCUUGUUAAAAAAAGCACAUACCUGAGU